AUGGAGUCUUCCCAAAUGUUUGGAGGUACAGAAGAAUGUCACAGCAGUGAAUCUGGGUGGACAAUGUAUAUUGGCUCCCCCAUUUAUGGUGAUGAUGAUGAUGAUAGUGAUAACGGUACUCAUGAUGAUGAGGAUCAUGAUGGCGAUGAUGGUGACGAUGAUGAUGAUGAUGAUGAUGAUGGUAAUCAAGAUGAUGAUAGUGACGAUUCAAUGGCUUCUGAUGCUUCUUCAGGCCCAAGUCAUUCCUUGGCUGUUUUCAAGCACGAGGAGGAAGAGAAUGGUAACAGGCAUCGUUUAGAGAAGAAAUCAGAUAAACAAAAACACAAGGCGAAGGUGCAGAUCAGAGCUCAAACCAUAAACGAAGAAAAAGAAGAUCAGACGGUAUUCAUGGCAAGAAAAGCUAAUAAUAUUGCUUCAGCUCAGAGUGGUGCCAUUGCCAAGCUUAUGAGCAGGAAAACUGCAACUCAUAGCACAUAUGAUUUUCGAAGCAGGAAUACUAAUGUUGGUAGACAUGAGCAGAUCAAGAGCUCUCCAAUCUGUCAAUAUGCUCGUGCAAAUUCUCCUAGCUAUUAA